AUGGCUUCGAGGCCCACAGUCACUGUUUACGGCGCGGACGGCGCGGCCGGCAGCUCGAGCGUCGCGCUUCCCGGCGUCUUCCUCGCCCCCGUGCGGCCGGAUGUCGUCCACCAGGUGACGGUCGCCCUCUCCAAGAACAAGAGGCAGCCGUACUCCGUCAACAAGUACGCCGGCAAGUCAUGCGCGGCGUCCUCGUGGGGCACCGGGCGCGCCGUGUCGCGCAUCCCGCGCGUGCAGGGCGGCGGCACGCACCGCUCGGGCCAGGGCGCGUACGGCAACAUGUGCCGCGGCGGUCGCAUGUUCGCGCCCACCAAGACGUGGCGCAAGUGGCACGCGAAGAUCAACGUGACGCAGAAGCGGUACGCCGCGUGCUCUGCGAUCGCGGCGUCGGGCGUGACGCCGCUCGUGAUGGCGCGCGGCCACCGCGUCGAGGACACGCCCGAGUGCCCCCUUGUCGUCGACGCCUCUGUCGAGUCGACCGCCAAGACCCAGAAAGCGGUCGACUUGCUCCGCAAGAUUGGUGCGCACGCCGACGUCGACAAGGUGGUGGCGUCGCGCACGAUGCGCGCGGGCAAGGGCAAGAUGCGCAACCGCCGCUUCGUCCAGCGCCGCGGCCCGCUCGUCAUCUACGACAAGGACGAGGGCAUCUCGCGCGCCUUCCGCAACAUCCCCGGCAUCGAUGGGCUCUACGGCACGCCCACCGAGGCGUCCUCCGAGAAGACGCGGCACGGCACGCCGUACCGCAUGCCCCAGCUGCAGAUGGCCAACGCCGACCUCUCCCGCCUGAUCAACUCGGACGAGGUUCAGUCGGUGGUGAACGCGCCCAAGGAGGGCACCGCGCCAAAGGCGCGCAAGGCGAACCCGCUCAAGUCGGCCAAGGCGAUGGACGUCCUCAACCCCGCCGCCGCAACCUUCAAGAAGGCGGCCACCGAGGCGCAGGCCACAAAGAAGGCCAAGGCCAAGCGCGUCAACGCGAUGAAGUCGACCUUCUACAAGCAGCUCAUCGCCGACGAGUCCUAGGAUGGCAAGACCGCCGCCGCCAACCCCUCCACCCCCAUCCACCGCUCCCCUCGCGCGCGCUUCGUCGGCGAGUCUCGACGACGUAGCGCCCCCCGCGGCCCCUCAUAAAGUCUGUCGGGCCGCGUAGCGCGUUGCUGUUGGAACACUGUUGGCCAUUGGCCGCCGCGCCGGCCGGGGCGCCGUGCGGGCGUGUGUCAUGCGACCCCUCCUUUUUCGUGUCUCAGUUUUUCACCAUGGGAUGCCGACGCCCUUGGC